GGUGUCCUGCUAAGCAAGUGCCGCUGUUUGAGCAGUGAAAGCGCCAGCGCUUCGACGAGCGCGCAGGUUGACUCCGGGCCCACGGUCCCCUUUCCGGUGAGCAAUGCAGGCAGAAGGAUUUCGAGGCCGAGGAAGAGGCCGCGGUAGAGGCAGAGGUGGUGGAAACCGGGGCAGAGGCCAAUCACAGAGCAACAGGCCACAGCCACAGGAAACAGCAGAUCUGUCACACACACCACCCCUUGCAAAGUAUCCAACGCCUGAUACACCACCGCCUACUCCACCUGACAUGCCCAGAUCUAGUGGAAACCGACCACCAGAAAGGUGUAGCGAUGGAAGCACUACUACAUCCGCUCUGGAACUAGCUGGCCUGCGUGUUCAGCUGCCUGCUGUCAGCACUCAAUUCCCCCGUCGUCCUGAUUACGGGAUGGUUGGACGUCGCAUUGAUAUAGUUGCAAAUCAUUUUGAAGUAGUGCUACCCACAGGGAACAUGUACCACUACGACGUAGACAUAGGCGUUCGCAAACAAGGGGGGAGUGUGCAGUCUGUGAUAUCAAAGGAUUGCAAGCGUCGUGUCUUUAUGCUUCUUGUGAAGCAACAUGCCAAGCAUUUAAAAGGCAACUUGCCUGCAUUUGAUGGCCAGAAAAACAUGUAUACUAGAAGUGCCCUUGGCUUUGAAAGGCAAACAUUCACUGUCAUUAUGGAAGAAGAAGGUCGCUCAAAACCAGACGAGUUUGUGGUGAAGAUACAGUUUGCAGCACAGCUAGAUCUCAGUCUUAUGCAACAGCUUUACAAUGGUCAAUCGAAGACGCCAGAAGUGCCAAAAGCUGUAGUGCAGGCUUUGGAAAUUAUCCUCCGGUAUGGUCCAUCUACCCUUCUUGCAGUUGUGGGCAGGUCUCUCUUCAGGCAACCUGUAGCCAAUGCAUCUCUUGGUGGUGGCCUUGAGCUGUGGCAUGGCUUCCAGACUAGCCUGCGACCUGGACAAUGGAAACCUUUUGUGAAUGUUAACACAAUGGUAACUGCAUUUUUUGAGCCAGGGCCCCUAGUGGAUCUUAUGGGCAAGAUAUUAGGUGACCGGAGAGGUGACUUGGACAUAAAGCAAGUUGUCAAACUGCAGGAUGUCCAGAUCCUCCAGCUGAACAAGAAGCUGAAAAGGUUGAAAGUGCACGUGACCCACUUGCCUUAUCGCCGCAAGUAUGUCAUUGAAAAGUUGACUGCUGCUCCAGCGAGCCGGCUCACUUUUGGUGAUCCUCCCAUGACAGUUGCUCAGUACUUUGCUCAGAAGUAUAGGCCACUGCGGUAUCCAAACCUUCCAUGUAUUGAAGUUGGUUCCAAGAAAAACUACAUUCCCGUGGAGGUUUGCGAGGUCAUUCCCGGCCAACAUUGCAAACGCAAGCUGGACGAGAACCAAACCAGCAUGGUCGUUAGAAAGGCAGCUGUGCCUCCAUCUGAGAGGUUUCGAAACAUUGAAGAGGAUGUCAAAAGCUGCAUUGCUGCAAACAAGCCUUACUUGGAUCACUUUGGCAUCCGCAUGAGUGCGAAGCCGGUGGCGCUUUCAGCCAGAGUGCUGCCCGCACCUGACGUAGUGUACAAAAAUGAACAGCUGGCUCAUCCUGCCAAUGGCGCAUGGGAGCUCCAGAACAAGCAGUUCAUCCAAGCUGCCAGUAUGACUGUCUGGACUAUAGUGACCACUUGCAACCCUCGUUUCUGUCCUGAAGAUGCGAUUGACAAUUUUGUGUCCAUGAUGAGGCAACAUGGCACCGAUCUAGGUAUGACUGUAAAACCACCAGCUAAGAUCACAUAUUGCAAGCCCAGUGCCGAUCCUAAAUGGGUGCUCUGCGAACAGAAAAAACAAUUUCCAGACCUUCAGAUUGUUUUCGUUAUCCUCGCUGGCAAUGGCAGAAAUUCUCCAUUUUACAGUCCGCUGAAAAAUGUUGCAGAAACUGAACUUGGCAUUGUGACACAGUGUGUUACAGACCAAAGUAUCACAAAAAGAUGCAACCGUGCAACAGUUCUCAACAUCCUUCAGAAGGUUAACGCAAAGUUGGGUGGCAUCAACAACACGAUUCCACAAGAAGUAAAGACCAUAGUUUUCAACCGCCCAGUCAUUAUAAUGGGCGCUGAUGUGACUCACCCGGCACCGACAGAAAUGAACAAGCCUUCCAUUGCAGCUGUUGUCGCAAGUGUGGACCGUUAUGCAUUCCGCUACAUUGCCACUUUUCGCAUCCAGAAGCAGAACACGGUAGCAAAAGCACGCAUUGAAAUCAUUGAAGACAUGAAAAACAUUGCAAAGGACCUUCUUAUGAGCUUCUACCAAAUAAACAACAAAGUGAAACCUGAGAAGAUCAUCUUCUAUCGAGAUGGAGUCAGUGAGGGGCAGUUCAGCCAAGUCCAGCGGUAUGAACUUGCUGCCUUGCGAGAAGCGUGCACAGCACUGGAGUCCAGCUAUCAGCCUGGCAUCACCUUUCUCACUGUGCAGAAAAGACACCAGACUCGCUUCAUGCCAAGGAACAGGAAUGAUGGCAGCGGAAAGCAUGGUAAUGUGCCUCCAGGCACUGUCGUUGACACGGUUGUCACCCACCCUGUCGACUUUGACUUCUUUCUUUGCUCACACUUUGGUAUCCAAGGCACCAGCCGCCCUGCCCACUACUAUGUGCUCUGGGAUGACAAUGAUUUCAAAGCGGACACGCUUCAGAAGCUCACGUAUGGUCUCUGUCACACGUAUGCCCGUUGCUCUCGAUCAGUGUCCAUUCCCACGCCAGUCUACUACGCCCACCAUGCCACAAAGCGGGCGAAGUGCUAUGUAGACGCUCGCACUGACUCUUCCGAUUCUGGGAGCAGCUCUAGUGGUUCCAUGCUACCGACUUCCAUCCUCGAUGAUGCUGUUAAGAUAGCAAAGCUGAUGGAGAGGAAAAUGUUUUUUAUCUGAGGCUGGGUAUGUCAUACUGUGGCCCACUUCUCUCAUAUGAGACUACUUUGGUGCAGUGGCAUCGCCAGGAAUGUUUGGGUUAGCUGCUGCGAUUGGCCUGUAUGAGUGGGUAUUUAUUGCAAUGUUCCUGUGCAUUUAACCUGUACCUGUAAUCUGUACUAGCUGGUUACUUGUUCUGGGAAGCAAUUCUUGUGUUCAAAAGUAUGAAAAUGUGAAGUUAGCACGCUUCAAAAAUUCUGCGAUGUUUUUAUUGUGCUACUGCUGCUUUGCACAGUCCAUCAUUGUGAUCCUGUUGUUUAUCUGAACGCCUGUUUUUCCUGAUGAUGUUCCUAUCAUGCAUAAUUUAACUACUUGUGAUGCGUAAUUUAACUAUUUUUAACCACUGAUGAAAUUUUUAAUUCCACCGGAAAUCGUAUGGACUAUUUGAUUUGGUAUUGAAUUUGAUUUCACAGCAUAGAUGUGUUUAGUGGUAUGGUGACCAAUACUUACUGGCAUGUUUUGUUGUUGGCUUCACAUCAAUUCAAUUGUCAGUUGAAGUUGUGAGUUCUAGUUUUUGCUCUUGGAUUUUAUUGCUGCAUCCACUAAGCUCUUUUUUUUUUUUGGAUCGUGAUACUAAUGCAAUGUACGUGCACAGAGUGCAAUAAAUUUUCAUUAUAGGAACAA